AUGAUGCCCAAUAACGAGUGUCAGAGUCCUAAGACACGCAUCAGUGGAAAUAAUGGGAGAGAUAUUGAGGGUGAGCAAGAUAGCCGUAGUCCUGGUGUUUCCUCCGACAAUCAGCUGGGAAUGGAUACUGAUGAUAAACAAGUUUUUAUAGCUGAAACCCCUUCUAAUGCCUCAUCUGGAUCCAUUCAAGAUGUAAAAGAUGAAGCUGAAGAUUACAUAGUGCCGGAACUUGGGGUGGAGUUUGUAUCUGAGGAGCAUGCGCACAAGUGUUACAAUAGAUAUGCUCUGAUUGAAGGUUUCAGCAUCCGAAAAGAUUUUGUUAAUAAAAGUAAGGUUACUGGCUUGGUCGUAUCAAGGAGGUAUACAUGCCACAGACAAGGCUAUGGAUCCAGUAAGCGUGAUAUGAACACAAAACCCCGGAAAGAAACAAGAACUGGUUGUCUAGCUCACAUGACCAUUACACGUCAAACAAACGGCAAAUAUCGUGUCAUCCAUUUCGAGACGAGGCACAAUCAUGAGUUUGUGACACCAUUCACAGCCCAUUUGCUACCAUCUCAGAAGCGGAUAUCCUUUGUUGAGGCUGUUGAGGCCGAAUCAGCUGCUGCUCCAGUGCCAGAUGGGGUUCCGAAGCUGGGUAUGGGUUUUGACUCGGAGGAUCAUGCUUAUGAAUUCUACAAUGCAUAUGCUGGGCGACUAGGUUUCAGUAUUCGAAAGGAUUAUGUGAACAGGAGUAAAGUAGAUGGAGCUGUGGCAUCUAGGAGAUAUACUUGUUUCAGAGAAGGCUAUAGGCAGAACGACAAAAGAGGUUUAAAAGUGAAGAGACCUCGAAAGGAAACCAGAGUUGGGUGCAUGGCACAAUUAGUCAUUUCUCGUCAGGCUGAUGGUAGGUACCGUGUCACCCACUUUGAAGAACGCCACAAUCAUGAGCUUGUACCUGCCUGUAAAGUUCGCACGCUGCGAUCACAGAGGAGUUCUAUGACAAAUCAAAUUGUGGAAGCAUCUGCAUCCGGAGCUUCUGAUAUGCUGCCAAAGUCGGUUGCUGAGAUGUUACUAACAGGAGUAGGAGGUCAGGACGAUCCCAUUUUUGAUCCCAUAGAUCAUGAGAUGAAUCUUACAUCCAAACGUGCGUGGAACAUGACUCAGGAAGAAGCUGAAAGUUUCCACCAGUAUUUCCAGAGCAAGAAACUGAAGGAUCCAUCUUUUGUUUAUGCUGUACAACUUGUCGAAGAGGAAAUGACCUUCUGGGGCGACGAGAAGAUCUGGUAG